AUGUCAGAUGGUGGAACCGAAGAAGAAACGACAGACAAAUUGGAAGCAGAGGCCAACUACCAGUCUGAGGGAAGUGUCGCCUCGGAGGAUGCGGCCAACAGCGACGCCACAGGCGCAUCGGCAGAUGCCGCCGAUGAAGAUGAGUUUCUGCGAAGGUUCGGGGCUCCGGAGACGGAGGCGUUCCCUGAGAUUCAGAUUCCUGAAGGGCUGGCAACAGAGAUGCGCGACACGUGGCAGGCCUUCCUCGACAAGUUCCCCUCGCGUGAGGUGUGCGGUGAGGCCAUCCACGACACCAUCAUGGAGGAAGCGCCAAGCCUCCAGCCGCUAUUCAAGACCCCCAGGUCUGUGUUUGGCCUGCGGUUCAUCAUAAGUGUAACAAACUUGAUGGCCGAAUGCGACAAGCCGGAGGUACUGAAGAGGCACGUGGAGACGUUGGGGUUCCAGCAUUUGGACGCUGAAGUUACAGUCCCGCGAAUCGACGUCAUCCGCGAUGCCAUCCUCAGCGCCAUGGACAGCGAACUGGGAGAGCAGGAUGAGGCCCUGGCAAAAGUCUGCCGCUCCUUGCCCUCCGCGUGGCCGAAGCUUCGUAGGACAUCGAAGCUCUACAUGUGGCGAUUGGAUGACCAGAAGUUGAACACCUUGCAGCAGUCGCUCAUUGAAGACCUCAACCUUGUCUUCGUCGACUUGCACGAGCUCUGCGAGCGAGGGGAUGCAGAGUGCGUGUGGAUUCUCCUCUCCCAGGGUAUGAGCGUCAAGCUUCGGGAUCCCGAAGGCGCGACCCUCCUGCAGAAGGCAACGCAUAGCGGCCGUACCACCGUCCUCAAGUUGAUCAUCGAAAAGGGUGGCAACAUCAAUGCCAAGGGCUCCUACGGCUACACGCCUUUGCACGAGGCCUGCUACCUGGGGAAUCCGGACGUUUGCGAAGUUCUCUUGACCGGCAAGGCCAAUGUGGAUGCUUUGAGCAAGAACGGCUCUACGCCUCUCUUAGUUGCCGCGCGUGAAGGUCACACCCUGAUUUGCGACUCCUUGCUGAAGCACGGUGCGGAUGCAGAUGACGGUGGCGACAAGGGUUGGACUCCCCUGUCCGUGGCGGCAGGCGAGGGCCACGCCGAAGUUUGCUCGACGCUUCUCAAGUACAGCGCCAACGUGCAGGGCUUUUCCUUCGAUGGGCGCUACGAGCGGAGCGCCUUGCAGGAAGCAGCUGAGCAGGGUCACUCCAGCGUCGUGGCCUUACUCCUUGAGCAGAAGGCGGACGUCCACCACACGUUCGAUGAGGGCGGGCAGAGGCGGGUGACGGCCUACGAGCUUGCCGAGCGUGCUGGGCACAGCAAGGUCAGCGCCAUGCUCAUGAGCCAGAUGAUGUCGCCGCCCUGA